AUGGCACCUUUUUCCAGUCUCCGCGCCACUCUCACGCAAAUCUACCCGCCCAAGCCCACCUUCACCGAGGCCGAUGUGCCCGCCAACUCACAGCGUGGCCGAGUAUUCAUCGUGACGGGCGGCAAUGCGGGUAUCGGACUAGAGUUGACCAAGAUUCUCUUUGCUGCGGGUGCUACUGUCUACAUUGCAUCACGUUCGAAGGACAAAGUGGAAGCUGCCAUCAAAGAUAUCACGACAAAAUCCGGCAACUCCACGACGAGUGGCCAACUGAAGUUCCUUCAUCUGGACCUGAACGAUCUCACCAUCGUCAAAGCUGCGGCUAAAACGUUUGCCCAGCAGGAGUCUCGCCUAGAUGUGCUCUGGAACAACGCCGGCACAGGUGCCAACGCCGUCACCCCGGGGCAGCGCACCAAACAGGACCUCGAGCCGAUGAUCGGUUUCCACUGCGUCGCGACCCUCUUCUUUACGCAUCUUCUCGUGCCGCAACUGCGCGCUGCGGCGAGUUCCUCCCCCGCUGGGCAGACGCGCGUCGUCUGGACGUCCAGCGGUCUCGCGGAGGCUGGUUCGCCACCGAACGGCCUCGACUGGGCCGUAAUCGACAAGGGGACGAGCAAGCCGAUGCAGAACUACGGCGCGUCCAAGGCGGGGACGUGGUUUCUCAGUCGCGAGUUCGCACGGCGGCACACCAAGCAGGACGGCAUCGUGAGCGUGUGUCUGAACCCUGGGUACCUGAAGACGGCGUCCUUUGACGGCACGCCGGCGCCGGUAAUGAUGAUUAUGAACGCGGUGAUGCUGUCAGAGCCCCUCUACGGCGCGUACACUGAGCUGUUUGCUGGCCUGUCGCCCGAGGUGACGCCCGAGAGCAGCGGCUCGUAUAUCAUUCCCUGGGGUCGCAUCCGCGCCAAUGCGGCUACGCCGCGACAGGAUUUAAUAAAGGCAGGAGAUACCAAAGAAGAAGGAGGCCUGGGGUAUGGGGAGAGGCUCUGGACUUGGAGCGAGGAGAAGUGGGCACCGUAUGCUUAG